AUGGGUUCAUUCGAACACGAGACACAACGAACGAAUCCGGCAGUAAAGAGUAGCCAUACCGCCACAGACAUAGCAGAGACAGAAGAAGAAAAACAUCUUAAAUCUCAAUAUAAGGAUGAAUUGACCAAAUUACAGGAGCUAUUUGCUGAUUGGACGGAGGCAGAUUUACUCUUUGCUCUACAAGAAGCUCAGGGCGACCUUGAGCUUACGAUUACUCGAGUUAGUGAGGGUCAUGCUAGUCAAUGGGGUGAAGUUCGAUCUCGCAAGUCUAAAAAGGAACAGAGCAAUAAAGCUAAGACAGGCGGACAACAAUCUGGCAGCGCUCAACGCGGACACCAAAGAGGCGGUUAUAGUGAUCGUGGUCGGACCCGCGGUGAAGGUGGAUCUCGUAGUGGAAGAAAUACUGAUCGUUCUCGAGGGCCAAAGAGAGAUAACAACGAUCGCAUUACCUUAAGUAAUUCAUCUCAAGUUUAUCGGCUUUUUUUAGGUUAUACUCGACCUCCACGUCAACAAAAUGGACCAAGCACCUCCAAUCACGAUGACACGAACAACGGUGCUCACGCAAAAUUAGUUACUGAUAACUGGGGUAAUAACGACAGUUCUGGUGGUGAUUGGAAUGACGCCAACGAAAGCUGGUCUUCUGAUUCCAAAGGUCUUAAUGCCCGGGGCAAUGACAAUAUCGCUGCUAAUGACUGGAGUGCUGAAAAUCAAUUUCCAAAUUCAUGGGGUGAUAAUUCGGCGGAAAAUGCUAAAAGCGGCUGGGAUAAUGGCUCGGUUACUGAUAAAGGUCAGAGUAAUUGGACCAACGAGGUUUCUACAGAAAAUAAUCAUAGUGGACGAAAUGGAGAUAAUAUUAAUAAUUCGGGAGG